AUGCAAAUCAAGGUUCCACAAACAACUUUUGCUUAUGCGACUGGCUUCCUUUUGGCAGUGGCCUGGCUAUGUCUUCUAGAUAGUCAAUUAAUACCAAAUUCCGAGUCAAACUUUGUAAAUUGGAUUCCGAGCAUCAUUUGUGCCAUCGGCUUUGUUUUAGUCAAUAUUGUUCCAAAAGAUAACUUGUUUUUGGAGACAGAUCAUGAACAUGAUGUGAAAGUUGUUUAUUUUGCGAGAGGCUGGCUUUUCUUUGGUCUAUUUAUUGUUUUUGGAGGAGUGAUUUCGGGAUCAGUCAUUAUGAUCGUUAAUCUUGUCGAUACUACCAAAACAAUGGCUUGGUGUGCUGUUGCACCAUUCCUUCAUUCGUUGUUCGUUUGUAUUGGAACUUUUGUGUUCUUUGUAGGAAGAGUUUUCGGUAAAAAGCUUCGAUGUGGUGAAUCCGAUGAUGUCAACUUUCUCUAA